AGUGAAAACGCAGAAGUUCACAGGGAAUUAUAUUGCGCUGAGAACAUGGCGAGAUAUCCAUCGGCCUGCUCUGCAGAAAGCGGCUAUUCACGCGCUGAAUCUGGCCAAGGAUCCAGAAGCCGGCAAGAAGAAAGUGCUGGUCGUAUACCUGCGAUACACCGGGUCACGUAAGACCAUCGAACUGGUUCAGGUCGAAAGUGCAUUCGUGUUUUCAUUGGAAGAGAUCCAAGACAUGUUCGAUCAGUCUGUUUGGAACUCGGUGGAGGCGAUCGUCAAGGGCCUGCCACGGUACAAGAAUGUCCGGGCGGAAGAACCUGCCCCCUGCGUGAUAUGCCAAUUGAUUGAUCCCUUCGAUCCGACCCAGGCGCCUGCUUUCACCAUUCCCGUGAAAACGACUCCGGCACUGUUGUCAGCAGACCGCGACCAGUCUUGGAAGCAGACUCUUACGGAAUCGGCUGGAGGUGGCGAGUUCCAUGCGAACACCCUGCUCUAUACAGCGACCUUAUUCUAUUGACAUGCGCCUGUAACAUUGGCAUCUUACUGGCUAGCUCCGCGACUUCCUGCUGGAUCAUGCGGUGUAAGUAUUUGUACAUAACGAGCUUUCCCCGCAGACUCAAAUAAACUUAUCGAACCCGCUUCAGCCCUAAGGGUCGGAUUGCUGGAGAUUAUUGGCCCAGUCCAUUUAGCUUCGUGAUUCUCAUUGUCGCCCGCGCGUUAUUUUAAGAAUGCUCUGCCGUUCCAUGGCUUCCGAUUCCUUGGCGAGGGAGUUCCACACCCCAUUUCCCGCUUGCUCACACUCAAGUGCUCCUGUCUCAUGCACUUGCAUCUGGCAUGCCGAACAACCAAUGUAUAAAUCAAAAGAUUGGGAUCCAUUGUUGCUUUUGCUGGACGCGCUUCAUUAAAUAUAACGUCAACUCUGACUCUUCUCCUGAGCGCGUGCACACUCGCACAGGUUUUCUGCAGUUGCCCAGAUACCGAGGCUUGUGCAGCAGAUCAGGAAGCCGUGCGGUCGGAAUUCCGAGUCGAAAGUUCGCCGAAGUGGGUGGACAGCCUUGUUCGGCGCCAGAGUAGUCACCAGUCAGUGGUUCCUAGGGCACACUAGAUCGCUUCGCGAAGUGGUCAAGUAAGCCGUGCUAAUCAAAAUAAAAGGACGGCGACUCUCAUGCAAGCACUCCAGUGCCUUUCCCGCCGCCUCCGGAAUACACACAACCAUCUUACAUACACUCCCCUUCGCCAACAACCCCCAUGCCAGGCACUCCCGAGUCGACUCUUUCGAAACAGCUGUACGAAGAACUGGGUGCGAGUAUCCGGGGACAAGUCCAUCUGAGAGGCGAUUCCGAGUAAUGUGCCCCGCGCUAGUUGAUCCAGAGCACUCCGCUGAUCCUCACCGCCCAGCUUUGUCGAAUACUCGAGCAUUUUCAACGGCAACGUCGUCACGGUUGCAAAAGCGGUCGUUUGCCCCUUGGAUGCCGAAGACGUGAGCAA